AUGGUGCCCAAGAAACGAAGCGACAAGCAGCAAGGCCCAGCGAAGCCCGAGUUGCAGGCGAGGGUGACUCGGAGCUCGGCCAACCAAGCGGCCAUAGCUGGCCCGGCUGAGUCGGAGCCCGAGUUGCUGAAGAAGAAGAAGGCGAAAAAGGAAGAAGAGCAUGAAGCAAAGUUUAUUAAGAAAAUUGUUGAAGAGAUUUCAAGAGAACUGAACAACACACACUUGUUUAUAGCACUCUACCCAGUUGCAGUAGAUUCUCAUGUUCAAGAUAUAACUUUUGGGUUAAAUGUUGGAGCUAGCGAUAUUCGCAUGGUAGGAAUCUUGGGAAUGGGCGGAAUUGGCAAAACAACCAUUGCUAAAGCCAUUUAUAACCAAUUUUUUCAUGGAUUUGAAGGUAAAAGUUUUCUUGCAAAUGUUAGGGAAACUUCCAAGGAACCUAGGGGUCAGGUUCAUCUCCAAGAACAACUUCUUUCUGAUAUCUUGAAGACAAGCGAGAUAAAGAUAAGUAGUGUUGAUAGAGGAAUCAAUAUGAUUAAAGAAAGACUUUGUAGUAAAGCAAUACUUGUGAUACUUGAUGAUGUAGACCAAAUGGAGCAACUAAAUGCCAUCUGUAGAAGGCGUGACUGGUUUGGAUUGGGAAGUAGAAUUAUUAUAACAACGAGAGAUGAGCAUUUGCUAAAGGGGCUAGAAGUGGAUUGUGUAUAUAGAGUUACAGCAAUGAAUGACAUUGACUCUCUUGAGCUCUUUAGUUGGCAUGCCUUUCGGAAUAGUUAUCCUAUUGAAGAUUAUACUGAUUUGUCAAGAAGUGUCGUUGCUUACUGUGGAGGGUUGCCACUAGCACUUGAAGUUUUCGGCUCAUUCCUUCUCUCUAGGAGCAUGCUAGAAUGGAAAAGUGCAUUAGAUAAAUUGAAGAGGAUUCCUCAUGAGCAGAUCCAAAAUAAACUUAGAAUAAGUUUUGAUGGACUAAGCGACAAUACUGAAAAGGAUAUAUUCCUUGACAUAUCAUGUUUCUUCAUAGGAAAGGAUAUAGACUAUGUUGUAAAAAUAUUGGAUGGCUGUGGUUUUUUUCCAAAGAUUGGAAUUAGUGUCCUCAUUCAGCGGUGUCUUCUUAAAGUUAGUGAGACAAACGAGUUUAUAAUGCAUGAUUUGUUGCGAGACAUGGGAAGAGAAAUCGUUGGUGAAAAACACCCCAACGAACCUGGGAAAUGGAGUAGAUUAUGGCUGCAUGAGGAUGCAUUUGAUAUAUUGACAAAGCACGAGGGAACAAAUGCAGUUGAAGGACUUACUUUAGAAUUGACAAGUCUAAGUAAGAUGAAUUUCAAUUCAGAAGCAUUUAUUAAGAUGCAGAGAAUAAGAUUACUCCAACUUGAUCACGUUCGACUCAUUGGAGACUAUAAAUAUCUUUCCAAAGAAUUAAGGUGGCUUUGCUGGCAUGGAUUUCCUCUCAAGUUCAUUCCAAAUGACUUUUAUCCAAGAAACUUAGUUGUGAUUGACUUGCAAUAUAGCUAUCUCAAAAAAUUUUGGGAAAGUCCCAAGUUACUUGAGAAAAUGAAAAUUCUAAAUCUCAGUCACUCUCAUUAUCUGAGUCAGACCCCUGACUUUUCAAAACUCCCAAAUCUAGAGCAAUUAAUACUUGAAGAUUGUACAAGUUUGCUUGAGGUUCACCACUCCAUUGGAGAUCUUAGUAAUCUUGUUUUGGUGAAUUUGAAAGAUUGCAAAUGCCUUAAAAGUUUGCCAAGGAGUUUCUAUAAGUUGAAGUCUCUAGAAACUCUCAUUCUUUCUGGGUGUUCUAAAAUGCACAAUUUAGGUGACAACUUGGGGGAGAUAGAAUCAUUGACAACUCUUCUUGCAGACAGAACUGCUAUAAGACAAGUGCCUUUUAGUAUAGUGCAACUGAAGAAUCUCAAAUAUUUAUCUCUAUAUGGGUGUAAAGGAUUACCGUCUAAGUCAUUGCCAUCACUCUUUUGGUCUUGGAUAUCACCAAGGAAAAGUCCUAAGUCAGUCAAUCUACUGCCUGCUGCACUACAAGGCUUGAACUCACUAACACACUUACGUCUCUGGGACUGCAAUUUAUCGGAUGACGGAAUUCCUACAGAUCUUUGGAAUUUAUGUUCUCUUAAAAUUUUAGAUUUAAGAUGCAAUAGUUUUGAAAGCCUAUCAACAAGCCUAGGUGGUCUUUCGAAGCUUCAAGAUCUCAAAUUGGGUCGCUGUAGAAAGCUUAAAUCAAUUCCGGAUUUACCAGCAAGUUUGAUUUUUUUAGAUGCAAAACAAUGCACUGCACUGGAAAGAAUGCCGGAUCUAUCAAAGCUCUCAAAUAUGAUUGGUUUGGGCCUUACUAACUGUCACAAAUUAGUCGAAAUUCCAGGUUUGGAUAAGCGUUCCAAUCCUAUUGUGUUUGUUUUAAUGGAAGGGUGCAUGAAUGUAACACAUACAUUUAAGCAAAGCUUCCUACGGCUACAGGAAUGGGUUAUGGGUGGAGUUGGUAGAGUGUUUUGCAUUGUCCUCCCUGGCAAUGAAAUCCCCGAUUGGUUCACGUAUCAGUGUGAGGGACCCUCGUUAUAUUUUAAAGUACCUACUGUUGAUCCCAUAUUGAACGAGUUUGGUGUAUGUGUUGUCUUUGCAUCACGUGUUCAAGUAUUAUCUUCAUAUAAAAGUAGCGUGUCAUAUAUCAACCAUACCAAGAAUACUGUUCUGACUAAUUUGACAGAUGCAACUGGUGGCCCAUUCCGUCUUGAAGAUCACCUAUUCCUAGGCAAUCUUGUUCUUACCAAUGAGUUUGAGGAUGGUGAUGAAGUAGAGGUUCUUGUAGAUUGGGGGCCUGAAAUCAUUGUGAAGAAAAUAGGGGUCUAUCUAGUAUAUGAAAGGGUUGUAGAUGGAAAAGAUGAGGAUCAUGCCAUUGUUGUCAGUGAUGAUGAGGAUGACAAUAACAAUAUAGUUAAGCUUUUGGGAUAA